AUGAAUAUCGGUACCAUCUUCGCUGUUGCCAACAGUGGUCUUUAUGGCGAGACUGAUGAACACAACACAACACAAAUUAACGGAAAUCAACAGAUGCCUGCCGGAAGGCUCUCAAAAGGGCCUAAGCCGGACGUCGAUGAAGGACGACUCUUGAAUGCCACCGUCAGUGCCAUGAAAAUGGAUAUUCACGAAGAGGGGUCGUUACACAUUGUCGCACAGAAGCGCUGA